GUCUUUGGGGGGAUUUGAUUGGAGGGUGAGAGAGGAGGUUUGAGAGAGGUGGGUGAGUUUAGAAAAGCCCUUUCUGGAAUUGAAUUUGGUGACAGUUUGAGAGAGAAAGGGGAACAGAGAGAACCAUAUCCUAAUUCGACGCUUUAUGCAUUCUUUUUUUUUUUGAUUUUUUUGUUUGGUUGCAAUUGGGUUAGCAGAGAAUAGCAGGAAGUUGAGAAAGUGAGUGUGAGAAGAGGAAUGGAGAGCGAACCGCAGAGUGCAGGAAAAGAUGAGGUUUUAUCGGUUGAGCUAUCGGCCCCUUCUGCUUGGAAGAAACUGUUCUUCCCUAAGAAAGUAGGAACACCAAGGAAAAGUGAGAUUGUAUUCGUAGCUCCUACUGGGGAAGAGAUCACUUCCAAAAAGCAGCUGGAGCAGUACCUAAGGGCACAUCCUGGGAAUCCUGCCAUCUCGGAGUUUGACUGGGGAACCGGUGAGACCCCUCGGCGAUCGGCACGGAUUAGCGAGAAGGUCAAAUCGACUCCACCGGAGACCGAGCCUCCGAGGAAAAGAUCCCGGAAAUCAUCAGGUUCUUCAAAGAAGGAUAGCAAAGAAAACGAACCCGCAGCCGAAGAAUCGAAACCAGAUCCUGCUGAAACUGAUAACAACAACGUAAAAAAGACUGAUACAGAGGAGAUUGAUAACAGUAAUGCCGAAGUGCAAAAUGCAACAGCUGAUAAACCUGAGGGAGGAGAAGAAGCAUUGGUAGAGUCAGAGGAGAAAUUUGCAGGGGAAGCUUUAAAUACUGAGGAGGUAACUGAAAAACCCCAAGAGAAGGAGGAGAUCACUGAGAAGCCUGAGGAGCAGGAGGGCAUUGAAAAACCCCAAGAGGUGGAUGAGGCAGCAGGAACUGCAUCAGGAAAAGAAAAUGGCACAGUUGAUGACAGGAAGCAAGACAUAGCUGAUAGUGUGAUUCCUGAUGCGAAUGGAGGAGCUGAGAAAGUGAAGCCGAACCCAGAUGUUGAGGAAAAGAACGGUAUAACAGAAAUCCCUGUAAGUGAUGGAAAGAACAGCAUUCAAGCUGAGGAGCAAGUAAAUAAAAUGGUUGACAACGGACAAGUUAUCUGGAGCUGUGCUCAGUGAAAGUUCUUGUUCAUCUUGUAGUGUAAAAGCUGUGCUUAAAUGUAUCUUACUGAUAUAGGUGGUGACUUUUGUAAUGUUAUUUGAGUUGCUGUAGUUGUUUUAUGAGCUCCUGGAUUAUUGUAGUUCUGUACUAUUUCUUCAGAUUUCGUUGUAUUUAGGAUGAACAUCAAACGCGUAUCACUCCUAGACUAGAUCUUUUGGGUUAUGAACGAUCGUUGUAGGCUUUUGGCACACAUUUCUGUUAGGAAUUAAUUGUUUUUAACUGUUCCA